UUUUUUAACAUCUCUGAGUCAGACUAUAUAGCUGAUGGUAAUAGUUUAAUUAAUUAAUUAUAUUUAAUUUAAAUACCAUAGAAAUGAGUGAGAAUUCAAAGCCUGUAGAAGCGAGUGGGAGCGUUGAAUCGGAAGGUAAAACCCUUUCAAAUAAAGAGUUGAAGGAAUUGAAAAAGAAAGAAAAAGCAGCUAAGAGAGCCGCAGAGAAGGAAGCUAAAGGUAUAUCAAUUGAAGAUCAAAAGAAGAUUGCUGAACAAAAAAUAGAAAAGAAUAAGCAAGUGACUACUAAUACCAAAUUAAAGAAACAAUUAAAUCAAACAUUAAUAAAAGUUGAAGAUAAAAAUCGAAUUCCAUCACUUUUCAGUCAUUUAGAAACUCGAGAACAAAGAAAUGCUCAAUCUCCUUCAAUUUCUCAUAUUGUUCAUCCUGCAAUACUUUCAUUAACUUUAAAAUAUUCAUCUUAUAAAAUAGUUGGUUCAACAUCUCGAUUAAAAAAUAUGUUACAAGCUUUUAAAACUGUAAUUAAUGAUUAUAAAACUCCAAUUAAUACAACAUUAACAAGACAUUUAACUGGUCAUCUAUCAGUUCAAAUUGAAUAUUUGAAAACUGCUCGUCCGUUAUCUGUUUCAAUGGGUAAUGCAAUUAGAUGGUUAAAACAAGAAAUUUCUCAUAUUUCAAUUGAUACAACUGAAAUUCAAGCUAAAGAAAUUUUAGUAUCAAAAAUUGAUGAUUUUAUAAAGGAAAAGAUUGAUUUUUCUGAUCAAGUUAUAAUUGAAGCUGCUUCUCAACAUAUAACUAAUAAUUGUACUAUUUUAACUUAUGGUCAUUCUCAAGUUUUAGAAGAAUUAUUUAAAUAUUGUGCUAUUGAACAAGAUAAAACUUUUAAUUUAAUUAUUGUUGAUUCUCGACCUUUAUUUGAAGGUAAAAAAUUAUUAAUUAAUUUAGCCAAUACUUAUAAUAUACCAGAAAGUGAUGAGCCAGAAUCUGAUCUUGAAUCAAUUUCAACUAAAGGUUUUAAACAACAUCCAAUAACUCAACUGAAUCUUAAAAUUCAUUAUGUAUUAUUAAAUUCAUUAUCUCCUGUAAUUUUAGAAGAUGUUGAUUAUGUAUUUUUAGGUGCUCAUGCUAUGUUAUCAAAUGGUCGACUUUAUGCAAGAGUUGGAACUGCAUUAAUUGCAAUGAUGUGUCAUACUCGUAAUAUUCCUGUUCUUACAUGUUGUGAAUCAGUUAAAUUUUCUGAUAAAGUUCAAUUAGAUUCAGUUACAACUAAUGAACUUGCAGAUGUAGAUGAUUUACUUCAAAGUAUUAAUUCUAAAAAGCCUCCACAAAAGAAAUCAUUUGCAUUAGAACAAUUUAUUAAGCAAUGUGAAGAAGAAAAGAAAGCAGAAAAUAAAUCAAAUUCAAAGAAUAAACAGCAACAACAGCAUCAACAACAACAACAAAAGAAACUGGGAGAUAUUUCAAUUAAUGAAGAUCUUACUACUGAUGAAUCACCCAUUAAAAAUUGGAGAGAUAUUCCAAAUCUUAAUAUUUUAAAUAUCAUGUAUGAUUUAACUCCUCCAGAAUAUAUUAAGAAAGUCAUUACUGAAUUAGGUUCUUUACCACCAUCUUCAGUUCCUGUUAUUUUAAGAGAAUAUAAGAAUACAUAGAUUUUAAAAUAGUUAUAGAUGAAUUUAUGUAAAUAAACAAUUACUAUAGAAUAACUUUUUAUGGAAAGCUUUUCCUAUUUGUACGUUGGACACGACCC